AAUCCAAUGUGAAGUAGAAGUUUUGGAAUUUAUUUGUUUUAUUGGACUUUUGACGUAUUUAAAAAAAAAAAAGAUGAGUACUGUAGAUGGAACCUAUAUACCUAGCCCCACCCCCAAACCCCAUCCCCGUAUCACUGCUGAGGCUGCAGGCUAUGCUGAUAGAAACAGGGGAAACAUGGAGAAAUGGUUCGAUUACACCGGAGAAGAUUCCUAUGAGUCGCCGCGGCCUGCCGGUCGGGCUGUGACGGAGGAGGGAAAAAGAAACGCGGAUUUAAAUAAAGGAUCGAUGUCUAAUAUAAUGGGUGGUUAUGCGGACCCCCCAAUGCAAAGAGUUGUUCAUCCACGUGCCGUAAAAGGAGAUGCAGCGGAAAUAGCAAAUCAGAGUAAAGGCGGAGCUAUGAAGGAUUUAAUGGAUAAUUACGGACAUUUAUCUCUUGACGAAAAACCCACUCAUAAAGUGCACGGCCAGGACGCAGAAGAGUAUGCCGAAAGGAAUCACGGUACCAUGGAUAAAAUAAUGAACAAUUACGGACAGUUAAGUCCGGAACAACCUCCACCACAGAAAGUUAGUUACGGAGGUGAGGAAGUUGCGGAGAAAUAUCGGGGUGCGGGGAUGGGACCAUUGUUACGUAUGGAGGGUGAGGCAACACAGGCCGAGCCAAAGAUAGGAAGAUUACAUCAGACCUCACAAGGACCUGGUUGGGAUGAGGAUCCUCCAGCUGUGAGGACGAGGCCGGAGGCUGAGGGUAUAGCCGAUAAACAACAUUCUGAAUUUGUGGGUAACUUGAUGAGAGGUGAUGUAGACCCACCAACUGUGAGAGACACCAAAGUUCAAGCUCACAUGCAGGAGUCGGCUACACCUCGACCUCAGACGAGUCCAUUGCGUACACGGCCAGAGGCGAGACAUAAUUACAACAAGAACCAGUCUUCUGAGAUGUCUGCCAUCAUGCAUGGGGAAGUUACUACUGCUACACCAAAUAAGAAAAGUAAUAGAAUGAUGAUGAAAUCAGAGGGAUGGUAGCCAAUCAGAGACUUUAGUUUUGGUCAUUUGAUCUCUUGAUCAGCCAAUCGGUUUUGGUCAUGUGAUCUCUUGAUCAGCCAAUCGGUAAUGGUCAUGUGAUCUCUUGAUAAGCCAAUCGGUUUUGGUCAUGUGAUCUCUUGAUCAGCCAAUCGGUUUUGGUCAUGUGAUCUCUUGAUCAGCCAAGCGGUUUUGGUCAUGUGAUCUCUUGAUCAGCCAAUCAAUAUUGAUCAUGUGACAAUUCUAUGACCUAAUAAAUAGUUAUUUAUCAAAGAUUUGAAGAAGAAAUAAAUAUUAGAUAAAUUCCAGAAUUAUUUUGAAAAUUGAUUUAAUAAUUAAAACAUUUUUUUCCCAUAUUUUUAUACCUGAGGGCAAAUUAGUGAAAUAGAAAUAAGUAAGAUUCCUAAGAAAUUGCUCAAAUUAUGAGCUACUUUUGAAUGUUGUGUGAAAUGUCAGAUAUUGUCUUGUUUGAAAUUUUGAAAAUUUCCAAACUUUUUUUUUUGGAUUUACUUGAUAACUGUUGUUAAAGAAUUUUUAAGUAUGUUAGCUUUUGUCCUGAAAACGUUCGGUGUAAUGCUUUUUGGCAGCAUGUUCUAUGUUUUAUUUUCCAACAACUUGCAUAAUUUGAUUUAUUUUUUAUCUCCACAUUUUCAACAGUCAUUCACAAAUUGUUUCAAAUAGAUCGCAUACAAAUUAAAGUUAUACGCAACUGUCAUGCCAGCAUUUGUGCUUUGAAGUACUUUGGUCUCAUUCUAAAUAUGACAUAAUAUUAUGGACACAUGUCACUCAAACAUUUAUAUAUUGCACACAAAUAAUCUAAAUUUCGUAUUCAUCACUUCGAUAUGGCAGGUUACGUCUUCCAAAAAAAAUAAUUUUUUUUAGUCAGACAUUUGAAAAAUUAAAGAAUUAUAAUAUAGAUGACAUUUAAGUUGGUUAGGAUAAUCUCCCUUUUUUUAAGUAAAGUUUGUUAGAUUGAUCUCCCUUUGUUAAGUGAUAAAUAGAAAGAAGUUAUUUUUUGAAAAGUUGUAUUUGAAUUGUGAUACUUUUGGGUCCAGAUGUGAAUGUUAGAUUCGUGCCUAGAAUUAAUUAGGAAAAAAAACAAGAAAAGUACAUGGGAAUUUUGAUAACUCUUGCUAAAAUAUAUGUCUAAAACUAGCUUGGAAUUUAUAUUAAGUGAAUUAAAUUAUAUGCCUAAAGUAAGGUAGGGAUUUUUAUAACCCAAACCAAAAUACAUGCCUAUACUUAGAUAGAAUUAUAAUAACCAAAACCAAAAUAAAUGCCUAAAAUGAUCUGACAUCUUAGUAACUAAUUUCCAUGGUUUUGAAAGUACACUAAUAAAUAUAUUAGUUACUCAUUUCAAUGGUACAAUUUAAAACAUGUGUAGAAUUGUAUUUUGACACUUUGGAUAGCCUUACAAGUAUAUAAAUGGCAUUUACACUAGAAAUUGACCGAUUUUAUAGACAUCAUUGUAUAUGUAUAUAUCUGAUUGCGUAUUCUUCUUUCUACCAUUUGUGAUUGUGACAAUAUUCAGCUUGCAUCAUGUGUAAAGUGUAAAGCCAGGGAUGAUUAUUAUAAUGAUGUGUUCAUUCCUUUUGUGUUGUGAAAACUUAUUGUGUUAUUUUUGUAUAUAUAUUUUACACGUUUACGUCUCGCUUUUUGUGUAUACAUAACUUUUUCAAUGUUUUUGUUGACGUAUUUCCAUUGUGUUUUGAUCGUAUACAUAACUUUUCGAAUGUUUUUGUUGACGUAUUUCCAUUGUGUUUUGAUCUGAUUUGUAUCGAGUUGAUUUAAGUCAGUGCAAGAAUCUGGCUACAAUAAUUAGACUGAAAAAAAAAAAAAAAUUAAAAAGAAAAGUCAGUUUCAUAUAUUAUUUGUAUAUUAAAUAACUAUGUUUGUGAUCUUUUUUCUAAGUGUUCUUUAAAAUAAGUUAUUUUUAGAAACAGUUGUUUGGUUAUUUUUUUCUUUGUUUGGUUAUUUUUUCUUUUCGUUUUUUUUUAUCAGUUUGAAGCUUUACUUAUUUUAUUGAAAGUUUUAUCUUAAGGUUAGUGACUGCCAAAAGGUUCACGUUUGUUCGUUCAGAAAAGUUGUACAGUUAUGAGUUAAAUAUUUUGUUUUAGAUUGACGAUUUGAGAUUUUUUUUACAUAUUAUUUUAAAACUGGUUGUUCUUCAUCAUCCAAUUAUCAUGCCAGUGUGUCGGAUAUCAACUUCAUUCUUAACGAAAAAGCUCAAUGUUUUUAGGAUAUAGCCUCGGCCCCCGUGGUUAAGGUGUCUGCCUCUCAAUUCAUGCCUGCCCCUUUGGAUCAUUGGUUUGAGCCGUCUAGGAUGAUCAUGUUUUCUCAUUUGACAGUACUUAUAAGAUCCAGGAUAAAGUUUUGAGAGUGGUUCAGAUAAGUUAUAAAGGUUGUCUUCAAUCAGUCAUAAAUAAGUCAUCUUUCAGAUAUAGCUCAACAUUUUUUGGACUAGAUUAGUAUAAUACAUACUGUACAGUAACAACAACUUUAUAAUGAGUGAUUGGACCAAAUAAGUUAAUACAAAAAUUGACUUGCAUACAUAUUUAGUAUCAUUCAGUGAAUUAUUUAGAAGCAUUCAGUGAAUUACGUAAUUCAAAAUUUAUAGGUCACCUUUUGGCCCUGAGACAUUAAGCAUUGAAUAUAUAGUUACUAUGAGUUAACUUAAACUGGGCUUAGAAUCACUAUAGUUAUCAAUACCUAUGUAAAUUUUUAGUAUAUUUCGUCACCUUAGUGCAAUAACUGAUUAAUUCAGGACUAUUUAAUUUAGGACUUAUUUCGUUAUUGCAAUAAGGUGACAAUUUCUUUAUUCUCUUUUUCACUUUUUUCUGUAGCAAGUUUACCAAUUGAUAUAUGUAAGAUUUUAAAUUUUUAUGUUAUUAGGCUUUUGGACCUCAGUGGAUCUGAUCUUAAAAAAUUGCUAUCUUAAUAGUUUUUUUCCUGAAUUUGUGCUCUUUUUAUGUUGAAAAUGUACAACAUAUGUAGCUACCAUAAAUAUUGUUAAGGCUUUGGAAGUUUUCAAUUUUAUUCCAUAUCAUUUUUAUACAUCUAUUUUCUUAAUUUUUUUUUAAUGUUUAACCUUCACCUUGACUACACCAUAUCAUUUUUUGAUGACAUUUUAUGCAUUAAGUACAGCAGCUUCUGCCUAUGAACAUGUAGAAAUAAAUAACUUGCUAUUACUAUUUAGCAGAUGCAAUUUGUCUUGAAUAGUUCUAUCAUUUGAAAUGAAAUAGAUGUACCAUUUACAAAUAGAGAAAAGACUAAUGACAGAGGUCAAGGUUACUUGGAAAUGUCAAGGUCAUUUUAAAUAAUUAUUGAAGUUCAAGGUCAUUUAGGUUUCUAACUUCUUAAUAACUAUUUUCGUAGAGUUGUGAUAGAUUAGGUCCAUCAUAUUACUCUUAUUGUUAUAUUGACCUUUGUUUUUUGACCUUGACCUUUAGUUUGACCUUUUACACUGGUGCUGCACAUUGUAAGCUUACCUUAGCACUGCUUAUGAGUAAAUAUUUUGAUAUCUGGUGGUACAGAUCGUUGACUUUAAAACACUUGCCCCUCACCGCUGUGGGUUUGAAUCUCAACAGGGACUUUGGAUUGCUAAAGUGAGGAAGACUUUUUCAAAUUUUAACAAAUAAUUAAAACUCCAUCCAAAAAUCUGAAGGAAGGAAGGAAAUAAGAAUGAUUUUGAUUUGUCAUUGUAAAAUAACAAGCUGUCAUAUAUUUUCAAUUACAUUGUAUAAAACAAGUAUGCAGUAGUCUAUAGGGCAAUGAAGGGUCUCUAUGACCAUUCUUGUUGUUAUAAUAGAACUAGAUAGGUUAAUAAAUUAUUGAUAAUAA